AUGGAAAUCUUACAGUCCCCGAUUGCGAAAGCGUUAGCAUUGUCAAUUAGAUCAUUGGCUGUUGAUGUACCGAAGAUAAAUAUUGACCCGUCGUUAUCUGCUAUCAUCGAUCAAUGGUGGUGUCCAAUAUGCUCUCUCCAGACAGAAGAUGCUCCACUUUGUCAAAUGUGUCAACGGAUACUUGUGGAAUCAGCAGAAGACCCUCCUAAUGAAGGUCAAUCAAAAUCAAAUGUAUUCUGUUACGAAUAUGAACAAAAUAAUGAAGCUCACAUUGUAGAAUGUGAUGCACGUGGUCACCUAAAACAUGUACCAGUAGGUGCUUUAUCUGUUAAGAAUUUGAAUGUUUAUCGAAGUUUAUUUUUCAUUAAGAACAAUGAUCAUGGGCCAGGAUUAAAAACACUUCUGUCAUUGACUGUUCGUGAUCGUCGGCAUAAUCAUGAAUCAAAAGCUGAAAUCAUAUUUCAAAGAAUAAUUAAAUAUUGUAAACAGAAUAAGAAAUCUUUUGUGGACGAACGUUUUCCUCCGUCAUCUCAAUCUUUAGGAACAGAUUCAUUCCAUCAAUAUUCACAAUGGCUACGAAUAUCAGAAGUUACUCCAUUGUCUCAUGAUGAUCAAAAACUACCUUGGACAAUAUUUUCAGAUCCGAAACCGAGUGAUAUUCAACAAGGUGCUUUAGGCAACUGUUGGUUAGUGGCAGUUAUACCUUUGAUUUCUGAACAGCCACGUUUGCUCAAACAUAUUCUUCUUACAAAAGACUACAAUAAAGAAGGUGUUUAUCUUGUACGUAUAUGUCAUAAUGGCUUAUGGAAAACAAUUAUUGUUGAUGAUUUCUUUCCAUGUACAAAACAUAAUCAUUUAGUGUUCACACAAGCUAAACGUCGUCAAUUAUAUGUUCCAUUGAUUGAAAAAGCAUGUGCAAAACUAUUCGGUUCUUAUGCUGCUCUACAAGGUGGCGAUAUGCGUGAAGGUCUUCAAUUAUUGACCGGUGUACCGUGUGAAUAUAUUGACCUUGAUUCAUCGAAGGACACAUUUGAUAGUAAUUCCAUUUGGACUAAACUUUUAACUUCUUGCGCAGCCAAAUUGUUGAUUGGAACAUCAUCCGGUGGAAAUGGUGUAAGUUCAGAAGAAUAUGCUCACGUUCGUAUUCAUAAAAAUCAUGCUUUUUCCAUUCUUUGUGCGAAUGAAUUUGGGGGCGCAAAAAAUAGAUUCGUAUUAGUUCGUGACCCUCAUUCUCAUUCAGACUAUCGAGAGGGAGCGAUGACACAAAAUAUUCUUACCCAAUUAAAAUCAGUUAAUUCUGCUGAUCGUUCGACCGGUGCUUUUUGGAUAUCAUGGGAUCGAUUUCUUCGUUAUUUUUCUUCAAUAACUAUUUCAACUUAUAAAAGUGAUGAUUUUGACAUACGUCAACAAUGCAAAUUUACUCGAUCACCUACUGAAUAUGCUAUGUCUUUUUAUUUACGAGUACCAAAAGAAACGUCAAUUACUAUAAGUCUGGUACAUCAUCGAAAAGAUCGAAAAACACAUAGGUCUCAUGCACAGUCAUUUGUUUUAUGCGAUGCUGACGAAUAUAAGUCAAAAGGUAUUAUUGGUAAACGUGAAAGUAAAUUGAUCAGUAAACUAGGAGGAUACACGUGUUGGUGUGGGUCAUUAUCAGCUGGUGAUUAUAUACUUAUACCUUUUUCCGUUGGUUUCUGGAAAAAUGGUAAACCAAACAGAGAUUUUACUCUUGUCAUAACCUCAAGUGUUCAACUAGAAUUGACCAUGAAAAAGAAGCCAGCAACAUUUCUUUCUGAUUGUUUAAUUGCAGCAGCUUUGAAAAAUUCUGAGACACAAGAGAGCAAAGAUGCUAUUGUCUACACAACAAGAGGUAAAUUAGGAUUCAAGAUGCUUAUUGUUGAGAAUCGAUCACAUACACAUAAUCUAAAUUUUGACGUUGAUGUGCAAUUAUCAAGAAAUGUACGGCAUUCUCGUCAUAGCUCAUUUCCUUAUAAUACUCAUGAUUGUAUUCCACCACGACAUCGUCAAAUAAUAUUUCUUGCAGAAUGGAUUGAUAGAUCUGGUGAAUCAGCUAGUUUGAAUUAUGCAUAUUCGUCUAUUCAUGAUAAACAGAAACGUGACCCAGUACCACCAAUUGACACUUCUCAAAACGAUUUUCACUCACCACGAACAUUUUAA